AUGACCAUCCGAAGCAGCGUUGUAGGGGUCGUGAUUGGGCGGUCAUGGUCAGACAACCUCAGCCGACGAAGAAUCAGACUCACCGACUCUUCAAGUGUGCUUUUAAUCACAUAUACGCAUCCAACACUCGCUCGCACACGCAUCGCAAAGGCAGCACCCAACCUUGGCCCUGCGAAUACCCUGCUCUCCCACAACCAGCGCGCAAACUACCUCGGAUAUGGCGUUAAACGGAGUGCGCCGGAAAGACACAACAAAGGGUCCGCCGUUGCGCAUUCUUUCAUUAGGUACGUCGGCGACAUCACGGCUUCGAUACGACAGGUGCUAACGCGCGUGACAGAUGGCGGAGGCGUGCGGGGAUAUUCCAUGCUCAUCAUUCUACAAGAAUUGAUGCACCGAACUUUUGUCGAGACAGAAGGCCGAGCCCCAAAACGAAACGAAGUACCAAAACCAUGCGAACAUUUCGACCUCAUAGUAGGCACUGGCACUGGCGGUCUGAUCGCCAUAAUGCUGGGCCGCCUAAGGAUGGACGUCGAAACGUGCAAAGACGUCUACGUCCGCAUGACAAGAAGAGUGUUUGAGACAGACAAGACAUUUGCUGGCAUACCAUAUCGGUCAACACUGUUCAAGGCUUCGAAACUGGAGGAGGCUAUCAUGCAAUGUGUACGGGAACACACCAUCUACGAUGACGAGGGUAACGACAAUCACGAUGGACGUGACGCACCACCCAUGACCCCCGGAAGUGCCAUAUCUGGCCGUAUGCAAAGGAGCGCUAGUAAUGCCAGCAACUACAGCCAGAUUGGUAUGACGCCCGUGAGCAUGCGGAUAGCUGCCAUGAAAUGGGGGAACCCCCAUGCUCUGCUCUACGACAACCGUGAGGAGCGCACCAAAACUGCCGUAACAGCCGUCUACAAAGGCACGAGAAAGUCUGGCGGUGGCCAGAUCCUCCUACGCUCUUACGACUCACGCAAAGAGCCCCCCAUCGAACCCAACGCGACAAUAUGGCAAGCCGGCCGAGCUACUUCCGCAACUGCGUUGGCUUUUAAGCCCAUCCAGAUUGGCCAGUCCGUUUUUCUUGAUGAAGGCUCUGGAAAGUACAACCCAGCCCCAAUGGCUCUUGACGAAGCCGUCUGUAAUGAAUGGCCCGGGCGUGACGUUGGUGUUUUCGUAAGCAUCGGUACCGGAAAACGACCAGAGGGCACAAAUGCUCAACAGCACUUGUGGUGGGAGAGCUUCAUUGCAGGUGGCAUGGGCGAUUUUGCCGAGGCGAGGAGGAAACUCAUCCUAAAGAUCGAAGACUGCGAAAGAACACACAAGGAGAUGAAGGAUCACCUCGCGAAACGGCAUGUGAAUCCGGAAAACUACUACCGCCUGAAUGUAAAUGUUGGUGUUGGUGAAUUCGGAAUGAACGAGUGGAACGCCUUGGCAGAAAUCAGCACCAACACCCGCAUGUAUUUGGCAGAGAAGACUGUACAGGGCAUGACCCUGGACGCUGCAGCAAAAAUAGCGAGGAUACACUUCGCCAAAGUGCGAUGGGAGCGCGCUGCGAAGGGAGAGUCACCAUACUCAGCCGGUGCUCAGGCGCCAAACAAGCCUCUUCCAGGCGUUCCCGAUCCAGCGCCCAUGGCAGUGGAACUACCCGCCGAAGAACUUGCACCAGAGUAUUACACAAACAUACAUCCCGCCUUCCGGCCCCCGCCAGACGACCGCCGACCGUCCGAUAGCGACAAGUACCUAGGUAUGGAAGUUGUAUAUAUUUGCUUCGGCAAGGAUUUUUGCGUUCGAAGAGGUGGCUGGAUGUCGUUGAUGAACCUCACUUUUUCUUAUGAAGAUUGA